GAUAGUCUUUUAAAGGCUAUACGGGGGGGUUCUUCGUCUUUGUUUGUGUGUCUCGGUGUGCGGCGUGAGCACUUUGCGCACGAGUCUGUUGAGGCCACACGGGAGGUGAUGGUGGUGGGGUAACCUUUGUGGCUUUACCUUUGGUACGAGCGCGGAUCGUCGACAACCUCGUGAACUUGUCCGCUGGGCUCCGAUCGCCGUGCCCCAUGGCCCCGGCCGAGGGCCCCGGGCCGCCCUGGAGCAGCUGGGCGCUGCUGCCGGCCUCGCUGCUCGCCCUGCUCGCGGCCUCUCUCACUCUCUGCGCCACCUGCCGCAGGUUCUUCCCAAAGGCAUACAAUACAUUCCAGGGGGAUCGGCUGGAAGAGGGGGGUGGGAACCCCGAGGGCAUCUAUUCACAUCAGACCACGGACGACGCCUCGUCCCGGCGUGACUCUGCGUCCCGCGCCACGAUCCAGAUUCCCCGCGUCCGCGUGGCCCCGCAGAAGCCGCUCCCCGCCAGCGCAGGCGGUGGCGGCGACAAUGGCGAUAACAAUAAAGACAAAGGCGGCCGUGACAGCGACGCCGUGAUGAUGGACAACUCCUUGUACCAGUCAGUGGAUGAGUUCUCGGCCCCCGGAGCUCCCUCCACCGCCACCGCCCCGACGGAGCUCUACGCCACGGUGCUCAAGCGCCAAGGGUCAGCGCCGGCGGGGUCAGCGGUGGGGUCAGGAGUGAGGUCAGGGGUGGGUUCAGUGAAGGUCAACCCGGUUCAGGACGGAGCCACCCGCAAGCCGCCCGUCCCACAGGUGGCGGCAGACACCGGCGACCUGUACGCCACCGUGGACAAGUCGAGGUCGCCAGAACCUCGGCGUGGGCGGCCCGGCGAGGUCGCCCCCAUGGCGCUCCCCGACCUCGACGAUUCCAUUUACGAGGCCAUCCUCGAAUGAGUCGCUCCGCGCCACGUGGUGUGAGAGCUGUGGCCAUUGA